AUGUCGGUUCUUCCUCAACCAAAUCAAGGCCUUCACGCAAGCGAGCCAGAUCCGCAAAGUUACGAAACCUCUCGAUUACUGCUCCGUGAUGUUACUGUUCCAACGCAGAUUCCUGACGCGUUCAAUAUCGGCACUCCAGAUCCACAGUUAGCUCAAAGGGCCAAAAACUCGGCAAAAGCAUCGAUUGAGGCACAUCUUACCUCUCUGCUCGACAGAAAGACUGGGAAAUCAGGCUUUGAAGAUCCUGCUCUUUGCCACAUCAACUACAAACUCGCUCGUGGUUCGUCGUCUUUGGAAAUCAUCAAAAACAGCUCCCUCGACCCCGUUCGACGGUUGCAGGACUUGAGGAAAGGCUGCUUUGUUGAGAAUUCUCUAGACGAGAUGCGAGCGAAGAACUUGAAGUUCAGAUGGCUGUGCCCGGUGGCUCAGUUCAGUUCGUCAAGUCUUCUGUACAAGAAGAAACUGGACAUCCCGGACAACGCUCGGGGACUAUCGAACAGUCAAAUUUACCACAGAGCGAUGGAAUUUCUCAACUAUCUCAAGGAAAGCAAUUUCAUAGUCGCGACCAGCACCAUCAGUCCCAUAGGCAUCAUCAUCGUCAUCGCCAUCACCAGUCGAGUGAACACAAGCACCAGCGUCAAAGCCACCACUCGAGUUCGCGACCGGCAGAGUCAUCAAAUUCGCGACCGGCAGAGUCAUCACGGCACCGAUCUCAUCAUCAUUCAAGACAUCGGGCAUCAGAAGUCUAGGCUUCAUUGCAUUACUAUCUCUGCUAGCGAAUAUAAGAGGGCCGCCCUCAAAUGCGCCGUGCAAAUGCUGAGCAACAACCCCGUGCUCUAUGGCAAAUAUGACAAUAUGCCGAGCUACCGACCAGUGAUCAUCCUCGAAGACUUGACCAUGAAGCUUUGA